CGCUACAUCGACAGAUUUGGUCCUGGACGUGAUUGAUGCUCUCACGACUUGGGACAAAUGGAGUAACGUGAACUCCAGCUUCAUAACCGCGACCAAACUGCUCAGGAUGCUACGGUUCCUUAGACUGUGCAAGCUGGCCAGGGUAUCAGUUCCAAAGAUCAUGGCUUACAUUGACCGUAUGAUCGACAUCCAAUUGGCGUUUGGAUACGACGUCGGUAAGGGGUUCGUGACUGGUGCACAGGAGGUGUGCACACUGUUGCCUCAGCUGGUUGACAACAAACAGAUACAUGACAUGCUCACUACCAAACUGGAUAGUGAUAGGUUGGCAGUGACCCGUCAGCUAGGUCUGCUCCAGCGCGACCGGCCGUGGACAGCCAUCACCGUGAAGACGCGACAGGCGACCACCUCCACUCUUAAUAUUAUGAUACUUGAUGCCAUGCAGCUUAAGGAAGAAGGAUUUCUGGACGAAAUGGAAUAUAAGCUAUUGCUAAACGCGAUUCAGGAGAAGAUUCAGUUAUGUCGUCACAAGGGGAGCCUGGUGGCCCCCUCGUCUCCUGAGACUCAACUCCGCGCCGUCUCGUGGUUGCAAGGAAACGAGAGGAUUGCUGAGUUCUUUCUAGAAAACUCUGAAAUACUCAACUUUAAUAUCAACGAUAUUUUGAUAUCUAGAGGUGAUGAACCGAAAGGCAUGUAUAUCCUGGUGUCAGGUCUUCUGGAGGCCACGUACAUACCCCCGGAUGAUGAAAUGGAUGAAGCCAUACCUAACUACGAGUUCUUCACCGACCUCAAGUUUGCGGAGCCAAGCCAGGACUAUAUUGUGUCCGGUAAUGCUGUUGGUGUGUUGGGGGUGUUAACAAACCGGCCUUAUAGCUACACAGUGCGGUGCGACUCCGCCGUGCAAGCUUACUACAUCACGCUGCCGAUCAUUAAGGAGGCGUUUAAUCUAGCCCCGCAUCCCAUAAUGGGCCUUGAGGCGUCUAUGUGGCGGGAGAUAGGCAUCAAGAUGUCCAUGAUGGUGCUGCCGACGGUGCCGGCGUACCACAGCUGGCCGGUGGAGAAGCUCAGCAUGAGGCUGGAACACGCCUUCGUGCCGUGUCUUAAAGCGUUUAAGGUGUUCGUGGUAAACGAAUUGAUGGAAGACAUAGUGUUGCUGGAUGGCAUCUGCCAGGACCUGGCCACCAGGGAGGUGUUCCAGCCGCCUUCUUAUAUACCUAGGACCGCCCACCGCCUGAUCUUCCCGAAGUCCUCGCAGCUGAUGGUGUCCGGCUCGUGCCCGGAGACCAAGCUCAUGAUCGUGCCCUCCAAGGACUCGGAUGAGCUGGACAUCAUGGAGGAUGAGGUCGACGAUCUUCAGUGUGAACUGAUAUCGAAUGUAUCAUCCCGUUGCCUGUACCAUCGCGUGGCUCGGCGGGUGUCAGUAGAGUCACGCGCGCCGUCAGCGCGACGCGGCCGCGGCAAGCGGCGCCGCGGGGGCAAGCGGGUCAACUACAGGGAGUCCGUUUGGGGCAAGCAAAUAUCCUCGCAAAUGAUCGGUGGCGCUAGCGAGAGGGAAAUGACGUCAAAGUAUUACAAGCCAAGCGUCGCAGAUGUGCCUGAAAAACUGGAGCCGACAAAGCCAAAAGGUGUCCAGGUGAUGGGCCCUACGAGGAGUAACACCGGCUCAUCCCUGCAACAAUCAGAGGAGGAGUUAUACAACACAAUGCUAUCGAAACUGAAGAGGCCUUCAACUGGAAACAGGAACAUGAAAUAGUACACAACUUGAAGAGGGUUUUGUAUACUUAAUGGAUUUUAUAUUGAAUGUCUACUGUUAAGCAUUUUGAUUUAUUUAUUUUGUACUUUAUAUCCAUUUUUAAUAAAGUUCAUAUUUA